ACAUGAUCGAAAUUCGGAACACAAAUGACAUAUGUCAAAUCACAAAUGACAUGUCGGCAAUGAUUUCGUGGCGAAAGAAUACAAAUUAAAACGAAAUAGAUUACCAUUUCCCAUUAUAUUAAUGUUACUACUAAUAUAAUAUCGACGGAGACAACAGCACAAAAAUGGGUGUCGCUGUCAGUCACUACUCGGACAUGUCGUCCAAUGAGCUGCUAGUGAGGUUCUGUUCCAAUGAGGUGAUAUGUCCCAACGACCCUUUCUGGAACCAGAUGCUAGCAUUCAACAUUAAGCCACCAAGCAAUGCAGAAGAACAGUUGAUCUUCGACUCAAGUACAGAGGCACUACUACAGAAGUUCCUGCAGAACAAUCUGCAGACCGGUAACUUGGGUUCGCUGGUGCAGGUGUUUAUCACUAGAGCAUCCUUACUGCUGGCAUCACCUAAUAGUGACAAUGUGAUGCUCGCAUGGACGACGUUCAACGCGUUGUUCGUGAUCCGCGCCGUGAGCAAGUACCUCGUGGAGAUGGUGCCGGAGUACGAGCUGUGCCGCCACCUGGACGUGCAGGCCGAGCGCCGCGCCGCCGCCAACGGACCCGUGGACAAGGACGCCGCGGACGAGCCAUCAACUCCCCAAUCACUUCCCUCGUCGCCGGCGAAGGAGCCAUCCUCUCCGGAGGUGCACACGGCGACACAGACCUCGCCCAAGAUCAACAACACCGAGAGCCGCGUCGAGAUGCUGAUAGAUGCUCUGAUAGGGCUGAUCAUUGACGUUCCGGUCACCGACAACACAUACUUCCUGCACCUGGAGUGCAUCAACACUAUCCUGGUGCUGAUGUCGGUGUACAUGUUCGCUGGCGUGCACGGACAGACGCGGCUCGUAGAGACCUCGCUCAUAUACAGGACUCUGUUCCAAGGUCGGUACGGCAUGCACGCUCCGCUGCUGGUGAAGACGUUGCUCCUGAACCUGUCCAGCAUGCUGCCGGCGCCGCCGACCAUGUUCGGAGCGCAGACUGGCGGCAGCAUACUCAUCAAUUUGGCAUCUGGUCUCUGGAACAUCCUGACGCUAAGCACGGGGUCCCGUCAGUCGAUCUACACACACCCGCCAGCGGACCGGCACGAGCUGGUGGCGCGGCUCCGGCUCGAGCACCCGGUCGCAAACCAGUCGUGCCUGCUGCUCCUGGCUCUCGCCAACCACUGCAUCCACCAUGACAACCUAUACAGGAACUCGCUGUUGUGCUGCGAGGAUACUGCUGCUGCAGAGACUUCGUCAACGACGCCACAGCGCGAGUCGAACGGCACUGCAUCACAGGUCACACCGCCCCGGAUAGACAUGGCGGCGCUGCACAAGGCGCUGUGCGCGACGGCGGGCUGCGAGCACUCCACGCUGCUGCUGUACCUGAUGCUGCACUCGUGCCGCGCCUACAAGAGGCACGUCAGCAACGUGCCGCACAUAGAGAACUUGAUAGUGCCGAUCCUGCAGGUGCUGUACAACGCGCCCGACAACAACUCGCACCACAUCUACAUGUCGCUCAUAGUGCUGCUCAUACUCACCGAGGACGACGCGCUCAUCAAAAACGUACACCUUAUUAUGUUAAAGAACCCGUCGUGGUACGGCGAGCGGUCGCUGUGGGAGGUGUCGCUGGGCGGGCUGAUGGUGCUGGUGCUGGUGCGCGCGCUGCAGUACAACAUGGCGCGCGUGCGCGACAAGUACCUGCACACCAACUGCCUCGCCGCCGUCGCCAACAUGAGCUGUGAAUUCAGAAAUCUGCACCCUUACGUGGCGCAGAGGCUAAUAUCUCUGUUCGAGACUUUAACGAAGAGGAGAGCGAGGCUGUGCAGCGAAAUCGAAGGCGGUGAUAUAAAUAGUUUAGAGUUACCACAUCAGUCUGAAGAGAAAACAGAGGAAAUUAUGGACCACAUCAGCGUGUUAGACGAAGUUCUAAGGAUGCUGUUGGAGAUCAUCAACUCCUGCCUCUCUCACCAGUUGGUGAACAACCUGAACCUGGUGUACGCUCUGCUGCACAAACGACAGGUGUUCCAACAGCACCAGCACCAUCACAUCACGCAGAAUAUUGACAUGGUAAUCGGGUAUUUCUCGACGCGGCUGCAGCGGGUGCAGGAGGGCGCGGGAGGCGAGCUCGGAGUGACCGAGGUGUUGCAGUGUAUUAAGAAAGGCGCCGCGCAGUGGUCCAGCGAUAGACUGAAGAAAUUUCCCGACCUGAAGUUCCGGUACGUGGAAGAGGAGCGCCCCGAGGAGUUCUUCACGCCGUACGUGUGGGGGCUGAUCAGCUCGUGCGGGGGCGUGUACUUCGCGAGUGAGGGCGGUGCGCGGGCGCUCGGCGACCUGCUCGCGUGAUCCGGCUCGAAGGACCACGCGGACGGACACUUUCUAAACGUUUACAGCUGUUGAUAUGGAAAUUGAACCGUAUUUAAUACACUUUAAGGUGUUUCAAAUGUCUGUAAAAGUUACUGUUUGUAAGAAAUCAGUUACAUGUAUAAAAAUUUGCGAACAAUUAAUCUAAUAGAGAAUGUAUGUAAAAAUUGCUAAGGUCAAUGUUACGGAAUAUAUCUGAAUUCAAAAUUGAGUCAUUCGAAAUCUUAGCUAUGUAAUCUUCAAAUAUUUAUUGGUUGAAGUAAUUCAUAUGAAUACUACACUUUUACGGAUAAUUUGAAAACCCUUACUAAAACUUAUAAGGAAAGUUUUGGUUUUGACCGUAUGCGCAAGAGUUGAUAUAAACAAGCGCGUGACUGCUUGGUAUAGUAACAGAGAUGUAAAUUUUUUAUUGUGAAAAUCUUUUGUUCCUUAUUGCACUUCUUUCUUCUUGUACAUUUUCAGUUGAUGCUUACCAUAUGCUACUUUGAUAUCUGAUUAGUAAAAUAAUCAAAUAAAUUAUCUAUCCAAUGUCGUAAAAUAGUGUAUAAUUACAAAUAUAAAGAAUUUUUAUUUACUUAUAAAAUUAUGUUUUUUCAUAUUUCAGUAAUUAGGCCUAUUUUUUUUAUUAAAUAUAUUUAUUACAAAUUAACAGGUACAUGAAAGUUUUGAAUAUUUUACAUCCUUGUGUCGGACAUUAGAAAUUUGCUAAAAAUUUGCAGAAAUGGAUGGAAAUCCAUUGAAUUAUAUUAUAACACAUUCCCCUUAAAUUUACUUUUGGUUUAUUUAUAAUUUUGGUAUGUUUAUUGAUCAAAUUAUUGUAACAAAGUCUACCUAAUGGCGAUAUUUUUAGGUAGUUUUAAAGUCUGACUGAAACAGAUAAUAUUUGUGGAAGUAACACUAAAAUUAACCAUACAAUAAGGCCAGAAAGAUGUAAAGCGACGAUAAAAUGAUAAAUAAUUCAAAUUGUAUAAAAUAUUUAUUUUAAAUCUUGUAUAAUUUAUGAAUGAAAUAAAUGGAAUUACAGGUACGAUGUCUGUGUACUCUCUACUUAAAUAUAUUAAAGAAUUUUUACAUUCAUUCAUCUAAAACUUCAAUGAUAUAGUUGAGUAUCUUUCAGUGUAUUUUUCGAAAGCAAUGCCUUUCGUUUUUAAUAUCUGUUAUCGCUGUUUCACGUGUGACGUCAUGAAGCAUGUUCCCAUAGAUAAUUUUUUUUUUAUUGAAAUCCCAACUCUACUCCUUUCUCCUGGAAUUAACUCUAAUAUCUAUGGAUACUACAGAAUUUAUGUUAUUUAUUUUCUAAAGAUUAUUUAAUGUGAUUCAUAAUAUAUGCAUUUAAAUAUAAACUUGUAUUAUUGAUUUAAGGUAGAAUACAUUAAAUUAUUAUAUACAUAAUAAACUAUAGACCAGGGAUGGCGAACGAUUGGCACGCGUGCCAGAUGGGAUGAGGCAAAUAAUUUGUUGGACAUAAAAAAGAUCGCUGAAAAGGGGCACUCGGGUACAUAAGGUCGGCCUUGGAUGGCAGGGUACUGGCACAUUAAAUUUUUUUUCAUAAUGUCAUGUUAACUUGGAUAUAUAAGGUCGGCUUUGGUUGGCACUUUGCCGGCACUUUUUCUUAUAAUGUCAUGUUAACCAUUAAGAGUUCGCCAUCACUGGUAUAGACUAUGAGCCUUAAAUACCUAUAAAUCAGUGAUAAUAAUAAGCAUUCUUUUUCACUCAAAUUUAUUUGAUGUAACGAGGCAAAACAGUGAUUAGGUAAACACUGAUUAAGAACUUAGACAUAAGCUCUUCAUUUGACCGAAAACUACAGUGUUGUACUAUCAUAGACAAGAAUAUUGUCAAGAUACCAAGGCAAGUGCUUCCUAUCGGAAAUAUCUGUGGCCUUAGAGAUAAUAUCACCUGUCAUGAAAAAUCUUACGAAUUCGAUUUUGAACAGUGAAGGAAAUACUUUUGCUAUUCUUAUAGAAUAUAUACCAAGUGAGGAAUGUUACCAUCUGAGAGCGGGGUUAACGGAUAGUGCCUGCAGAUAUUAUUGUAGGUAGUUACAGAUCUCAAUAAUUGUAGUGUCUAUCACUACAAGUGUGUGUAGGAGUCAUAUUUUCAAAUUUCACUUAUAUGUAGGCCUUCCUACAAUGUUUUAAAAUAUUGUCUAUGGUAGUAUGAUGGCACCCGAUUUUUUCGUGCAAUUUAAAUUACUCUGUAAUAUUUUGGUUAUAUACACGUAUAUAAUCAAAGAUAUAAUGGUACAUAAGUAAUUAUGUAAUUUAGAUGUAACGAAACGCAAUUUAGGAUAACAUAUAACUGAAUAAAUGAUGUUUAAUACA